AUGGCCAUUGAUAAAGAUUGGAUGUCAACGAAUAGAUUAUCAGUGAAAUAUAAGGAUGGAGUUGAUCAUUUCUUGGAGUUUUGCGCAAGAAACGCUAAAGAUCCUAAUAACAUUUGUUGCCCUUGUAUUAAGUGUGGUAAUGUUCAAAGAAUGAAAACUACUGAGAUAAAUGGUCACUUAUUUAAGGAUGGAAUAGAUAAAAGUUAUAAGAUGUGGUUUCUGCAUGGAGAAAAAAUCACAUUUAGUAGAGAAUCUUCAUCUAAGAAGAAUAAUUGUGAUUAUGUGAAUGAUGAUGAGAGAGAUGACAUUGCAGAAAUGAUAGGUGAUGCAAAAUUUGAAUCAGAUUUUGAUCCAGUGAAAUUUCAAACUAUUUUAGAGGAUGCUGAGAAACCCAUUUACCCUGGUUGUAAUAAGUUCACUAAACUGUCAACACUUCUUAGGUUGUAUAAUAUAAAAGCUAAACAUGGGUUGAGUGAUAAGAGCUUUACGGAUAUACUUUCCUUUCUAGGAGAGCUAUUAUCCAAAAAUAAUGAAAUGUCAUUGUCGUUUUAUGAGGCAAAGAAGACAUUGCGUUCGUUAGGCAUGCAAUACGAAAAGAUUCAUGCUUGUCCUAACGAUUUCAUCUUGUAUCGAAAAAGAUUGGUUGAUGCAAAUUCAUGUCCGAUUUGUGGUGAGUUAAGAUGGCAGAAGAAAAAGAAUUAUGAUGAGGUUAGGGUAGGAGUUCCUACAAAAGUUUUAUGGUACUUAUCGGCUAUACCUUAUUUGAUUCGACUUUAUCGAAAUACUGAUCAUACUAAAAACUUAACAUGGCAUGCCAAUGAUAUAAUACAGGAUGGUAAACUUAGACAUCCAGCUGACUCACCUGCUUGGAAGAGAGUCGAUUGGAAAUGGCCUGAGUUUGGUCCUAAACAACCCGGAAAUGAUAUUGAAGUAUAUCUAGCUCCUCUUAUUGAUGAUUUAAGCACUCGAUGGUAUGAAGGUGUUGAUGCUUAUGAUGCAUAUAGGAAGGAAGAGUUCAAACUUAGAGCUGUGUUGUUAUGGACCAUUAAUGAUUUUCCUGCCUUAGGCAAUCUAUCUGGGUUUAGUGUGAAAGGGUACAAGGCAUGUCCUAUCUGUGAGGAGAACAUAUGUUCUCAAUAUUUGAAGCACUCUAGAAAGAUUUGUUUCAUGGGACACAGAAAGUUCUUACCACACGAUCAUGUCUUCCGAAUAUGGGAAAAACUAUUCAAUGGAUCACAAGAGUUUGCAAUGGCUCCACCACCAUUAUAUGGAAGACAAUUGGUCCAAAAGUUGAAUAAAGUCCAAUUCAAACUAGGAAAGCACAAACAGAGCAUGAAAAGAACGAGAGGACGUGAAAAUGGUGAGGAGGUUCAAAUUGAUCCUAAGGUUUGUUGUAAGAAGAAGUCUAUAUUCUUUGAGCUUGAAUACUGA